CGGGAUGCUGAGAGCGGAAGCGGGCUGACAUAGCCGGAAGGGGAAGUCUUCUCCGGCUGUGUUGUUGAUGUCUUUUGGCCGCUGCUCCUGCUUUGGCGGUUGAGGGGACCGUUCGUGGAAGGAUGGUGUGCGAAAAAUGUGAAAAGAAACUCGGCAGAGUUAUCACUCCUGAUACAUGGAAAGAUGGUGCACGGAACACCACAGAAAGUGGAGGAAGGAAGCUGAAUGAAAACAAAGCUUUGACUUCAAAAAAAGCAAGGUUUGAUCCGUAUGGAAAGAAUAAGUUCUCCACUUGCAGAAUCUGUAAAAGUUCUGUACACCAGCCAGGUUCUCAUUACUGCCAAGGCUGUGCCUACAAAAAAGGCAUCUGUGCAAUGUGUGGCAAAAAGGUCUUGGAUACCAAAAACUACAAACAGACUUCCGUCUAGAUGUUCUGCUGAACUCUCUGGCUUUCUAUGGUUGUACUUUCUGCUUUGACUUUUCAAGUUGUAACACAGAUGUUCCAUCUUGCAGAAUAACCUGGUUCAAGAUGAAUGAUUCAAUCUAAAGCAGGAAGUUGAUUCAUUUGUUCUCCUGAAACUCUGAACAGCAAUGAUAUAACCAGUCUUCUGCCUUAAGUGGUUAUUUUCCUUGUGAGCAUUUUACUGAACCAGAAUAAGUGACAAAAUUAAUGAGAAAACAUAUUCCUGAGUUCUGUAUGCACUUUCAAUUUAACAUUAUUCAUAUAACUCUUAUCUGGCCCUUGUAUUUUAUUUAUAGAUGCUGCAAAUGUGAAAUUACUGAUGCUUUGCUCUGAAUUUGACAUUCAGACUGUUUUCCUCCCUUCCUCACAGAUGUCACAGUUCUUAGAAUCAGCAGUCCUUGGUUAAAUGCAUUUUCAUUAGCUACAAAUAUUCAAGGCCAUUAUUGCUGAAUGGUUCCUUAGUAACCAGUCCUGCCACAAGUCAAACAAGUUACAUUUUUUUUUUAUUUUAAAUUUGUUGUUGAAGCUAAAGUGCCAGUUCCUUUUAGCUGUGAACAGGAGCCCACGGAGUGCCCCUUUCUCCAGCCGAGUGCCCUGUAUUUCAGAGAGAUGCACUCUGUCAACAUCAUCUUAAGUUCAGGUUGUCAUGGAAGCUGGGGCGUGGGGGCAGUGUCGUUCAUAUGAGAAUGAAGGUUUCUGCUUGGGAGUGUUCUUUGAAGCAGGAAACAAACCCUUUCUUAACCUCUUUACCACCCCCACCCAAGAAACCAAUAAAACAAACAGCUUGGCUCUG